AACCAAACACACGUGUAAUAGAGGUGGGUGGGGCGGAAAACUGUAAACACCAACUGCGCCCUUCGGCUUACCUUCUGUCUUGACUUAAGUGAUAGAUUGUUGGUGAACUAAGUGCUGAGAUCAACAAAAAUGAUUCACUAGCGCAUAAAACGCGACACGCACAAUGCGAUGCUAUCUUCACGCAUUUCUUCUGUGCAUGGUCUUCACUUUCUGUUCACUGUUGUAUGUGUUCAGUCAACUAGCCUCCACCUUGGAGGACAGAGACGAUUGGAAUCUGAAGGAACAGGAGAUAACCGACAGGAGCAGUCAUGACACCCGGCGAGUUCUCAGGAAAAGGCCAGGACUGGCAGGCCUCCGAGACCGUGAAGAAGGACUUGACAGGUGUAAAUCACUGUCAGUUUCUUACUGGAAUCCAUAUUGGAGACUGCCUGCUGAUGUUUGUGGAGUGAACUGCUUUUUGGAAUCUCCUCUUAGAAGGAGGUCAGGCUCUGCAGUCAAGGAACAUAGGGAUGAGAGGAGUCACCUCGCUGUGGUGGCCUGUGGCCCCAGGCUAGAGGAGACUCUCACCAUGUUGAAGUCUGCUGUUCUAUUCAGCAAAAAGCCUCUGCACUUCUACAUCUUUGCUGAGGAUAAUCUACAUAACAGCUUCAGAAGUGCUCUGCACUCCUGGCCCAGGACAGUUCAGACCAAAUUUAAGUUCACCAUCUAUCCCAUCACUUUUCCCAAGGAGAAUGCAAACGAGUGGAAGAAGCUCUUCAAACCCUGUGCCUCCCAGAGGCUCUUCCUGCCACUAAUCCUGAAGGGGGUGGAUUCUUUGCUCUAUGUGGAUACAGACAUCAUUUUCCUGCAGCCAGUAGAGGACAUUUGGGCCCUGCUUUCUCAGUUCAACUCAAGCCACUUGGCUGCCAUGGCUCCAGAGCAUGAGGAGCCGCGCAUUGGCUGGUACAACCGUUUCGCCCGUCACCCUUAUUAUGGCAAGACAGGCAUCAACUCAGGUGUCAUGCUCAUUAACAUGACGCGCCUCAGGGAGAAAUUUUUUAAGAAUGACAUGACAGCAGUUGCACUGCGGUGGGAGGAAAUUCUGAUGCCUCUUCUGCAGAAGUAUAAACUCAAUAUCACCUGGGGUGACCAGGACCUUCUUAAUAUUAUAUUUCACCAUAACCCAGAGAGCCUAUAUGUGUUCCCCUGCCAGUGGAACUACCGUCCAGACCACUGUAUCUAUGGCAGCAACUGUCAACAGGCUGAACAAGAGGGUGUCUUCAUUCUCCAUGGUAACAGGGGAGUCUACCAUGAUGACAAGCAGCCAGCAUUUCGAGCUGUCUACGAGGCCAUCCAGAAGUACCCAUUCGGCGAGGACAUGGAGACCUCACUGCUUCUGCCGCUAGAAGCAUCACUGCAGAUGACCAAACAUACUUACUGUGGAAGAGCCAGCCACCUGUUUACCAAGAAGUUAAAACAGAGUAUCUUCUCUGCUCAACAGCACAUCACACAAAGAAGACAAUCAGGUUUCCACUUUAAUACCACUCCAUGAAUAGCAUCUAAUUUCUCUCAGGAUGAAAAUUCUUGGGUUGAAAACACUCCUUUGGAGCCAGUGAGAUUAAUGACAAAACAGACUCAGGUCAACACUGAACCGUCAUCUUUUUAUAAACUACAUAUCAAGACUGUGGCAAUGAGGAAAGGUCAUCUGUGAAACAGGUUUUAAUUUUUAUUUGAGUGAAGCCACUGUUGGUGCAUAUCUGUCCAAUGAACACGCAACCAGGUCACAAAUUCGUUCUCACCAUAGUUGAAAAUGCACUGGUUCCACUUUGCCCUCCAGAGAUUUUAGACUUCAUAGCUGAUUAGAAGCACACUUACUGUAUUUCAGACAAUCAGGUGGCAUUAUUUUUUUGUUUGAAGAAAAAACCUACAGUCACUUUGUAAAGUUGUCCAAGUUCUUUAUGAAAAAACACAGCAGGGUACUUAAAUAUGCCAUUCUUAUUGAGUAUUUUUUUAGAUUCAUUUUAAAACAAUGCAUACAGGCUUUGUAUUAGUGAUUUUGUGAAUGCAGUAUAUCAUAGAAAAGGUUUGCCGUUAUUUUCAGGUACUUGUUAGCUACACAAGAAUGCUCUUCAUGUUUUUCUACUGAACAAAACAAGUAUACAUUAAGAAGUACAUUAAGAAUACUUAAAACUCAUCUAAUCUGAUCAGUAUUUGUUAUUGUAUGACAUCUGUGACAUAAAGCACUUUUGAUGUUUAACAUGAGGCUACCAUUUCAUAUACUCUGGUAGUAUAUGUAUAUGGUAAUGUUUUCAAUGCAUUGUUUACUAUACGUUCUAUUAGUAUUUAAGUCAUUUCAUUAACUUAACCAAUAUCAGCAGAUUUUCCAAUAACUGAGACAGUGUCAUAGAAAGCAGUUAGUUUCUAAUUAAGCCAGCUAGCAUCAUUAAAGCUGCUCCAAGACAGGUAAACAAACAUUUGCACUAUUGAAUGUAACAACACAAAAUCUGUGGUUUUAAUGUUUUACUGAGGAAAAAAAAAUGCAUACACAUUCAAAUGUAUGGGAAAUAAAUAUUUUAUAAACUUUGAA